AUGUCUAUUCUUCACAUUGAAGUCCCCUCCUUCACCUCCAUACACGAGGUUGACUCAUUCAUCGCGCAGUCGUUGGACAUCCAGCUCGAUGAAGACGGAGUAGACGUGAAGCGUCUCGAGGGACGAUUCUGGAAUGAGUCCGUGCUAUACCGACGCCUGCGUCUCCUCAAGCAGAUAUACGGCCAAAACCCCGCCGUCGAUAAGCGUUUUGACAGUAACCGCCAGGCGCACCUGCGCAGGAUUAAUGAAAAUCGCGAUACUAUUCCUCGAGAUAGUCAUAUGGAAAACGGCAGUCACAUUCGUAUCCACGCGCAAGCCUUCGAGUAUGGAUUCUCUGCUAUUAACAACGCCAACUCCCGCUGCUUCGGCGGCGGAAGAAUAGUACGGUUCCUUGACCUUGGAUGCUCCCCUGGCGGGUUUUCAUCGUGGCUGCUGAAGAACAAUCCCGGUGUGGAGGGUGUCGGGAUCACUCUGCCCGACGAACGUUCCCAGUUCCCCCUGCAGAUUGAUCCCGCCUUCCUUACUAUCGGCAAAUAUCAGGUGCGCUACGCCGACAUCAUCGAUAUCGUCUCGGUUUCGCCGGGCGAUGGCGCGUUACCUAUCAUCGAAUCCAAGCACAGUCUCCGCCAGCCCUACGAUCUCGUCAUCGCAGGUGCGUUCCCGACCAUGCAGGACAGCACCCCAUGGGGCUAUCGCACCCAACUACUCGUCGCCCAAGUUUUUCUUAUCAUCGCUAACACCGCCCCUGGUGGCUCCGCCAUCGUGCUCAUCAAGACCAAGCCCAUUCUAUUGCAUCUCGACAUCAUUGGUCUGCUUCGGCAAGCUUUCGACUCGAUCAGCGCGCAUAAAGCUGGCAAAUUGCAUGCAGUACGAUCAUCGUGCUACCUCGUCUGCAGGGGAUUCCAUGCCUCUGCCGAAGAGAUAGAACGCAUGGCGGGCAAGCUGCGCUAUGCGCUUCAGUGGCUGGGGGAGAAGGCGCUGGCGAUGUCGUCGGAGACCGGUGGCAGCAGCACGGCGGGCUACAACUUCUUACUUUCUGCCGAUUCGCCGGAACAGGUCUUCGACACAAACGAUCGCUUUGUGCUAAACCUUCUGCGACCUGUUUGGAAGUCGCAAUAUGAUGCAAUUCAUACGGAUCUCGCUAAGGUGCUAGUCGCCGAGUACGGAGCGACGGCUGGUUCUGUUGCAACACACUCUGGUACUGACGAGCCCAAACAGCGUCGGGUACGCACCAAACGCGGUAAGAGAGCCUAG